CGCCAAACGAAUGAUGGGUGAUGCUUUAAUAAAAUGUUUUCAUAUAUAAGGUGGCAACACUUUUGUUGUCAUUCAGGUAGAACAAACAAAUUUUUGUGUGUUUUUGUUUACCUCUAUAAAUUAUAUUAUGAAUGGUAUUACUAAAGCAUUGAAUAGAUUUAUACAAUGUACUAAAGAUACCAAAGGUAUGGCAAAAACCGGUGAAGAAGUAAAUAAUAUAUUUGAGGAAAUCGAGGAGCUUCUUAAAAACAGUGAGGGCUUAGAAAAAUCCACACGAGACACAAUACCAGUACUAAAAGCACUCAAUGAAAAUGUUGAAUCAAUGAAAAAUCUAAAUAAUAGAAACGAAGGUACCUACGAUAAUAGGCCACAAGUUGCUUAUGAGGAACACGCUUCAAAUUUUUUGCCAGCGUACUCUAAUUAUGAUUAUCUCGUAUCCACGGACUCUCAGUCCUCGCCAGAAGAAGAACUUUCAUUAUACUCGGUGAAUCAAAAUGAACUACAACCUGUUAAUGCACCAUUCAUGGUUCCCGGUAUAUAUAAGAAAAUCGCCAAUGCAUCGGGCGCUAUAACUAAACUUCCACCACAAAAUUAUGCAUUAAAUGUGACGAAUGUUCUAAUGACGACAAAAUGUCUCAAAGGGAAGAUUAUAUCACGGGUUGAUUUUGAAGGCGUCUCAUCUACCGAAGAGUCUGCUGGGCCCAAUUUAAAACCUGUUGAAGAAAGCAGCUUGUCUGAGGCGAAAUACUCUAAUAAUAGUACACCUUCUAAUAACCUUCUAACUUUUGCAUUUAAUAUACACAAAUCAGCAAAACCCGAUUGUAUCAUAAUUGAUAGGGAUAAAAAUGAAGUAAGGCGUGUCCGAGCAGGAAGCAAUCAUCAAAUUUUGUACCGACUUCUAGGUCCCGAAGAUAUAAAUCUACAAAAUAUUCAAACUUUGGCCCACCCUACAUCUGCCAGGAGCAAAAGCUUUUCUUCAAAAGCCAAAAUAGGUCGACCAAGAAAGCAUUAUUUAGUAAAUGGGAAUAAUCAGCAUACGGAAGGUACGUUUAAGAGACAGAAAAUAGAGCCCAUAACCAAAACACUGGAGACAAGUAAAACUGAGACCAAUCGACAGCAGCCAUUAACGCGUACACGGUCCGGUCGCAUAGUUAAAUUUUUAUCGGCUCCAUUGCACACUGAUGAUAUUAACCAAGCCUCAUAUUUAGAAACUGAUAAUGUAAAAACAAUAAUUAACGAAUCCAAAGAUAAGGAUUUUCAAUGCAAAGAAAGGCCUCUUCUAACAUCCAACGAAAAAGGCAAUUUUACUGUAACAGUAUUUGAAACAGGUGGUUUCACAAGCAAUCGCAGGGUACCACCCGAAGCGAUUUGCCCCAAAUGUGGAAAAAUAUUUUUGGGUCGCCGCUUAAAUCGUCAUUUCACACAACAUCCUGACCAUAUGUUAGCGAAAGUUGUUGAAAAUACAUUGGAGGAACAACAAGAUGUACAAGUUGCCACAGACAAUACUAACGAAGAAAUUACCCUUUUCCGCUAUCUUAUUUCAAAAUUGCAGAAACCUUUACUGAACGAAGAUCAACGUGCUGAUCUAUUUCUAAAUGAACUAAAUGAUUUAGUGGAGCAAUUACAGUUGCGGAGUACCCGACUUAUACGUAAUACUUCAGGCUUGCAUUUCGUUGGUGCCCGAACAGCACGAUUGUUGGGUAUACCGGAGGGUCAGUAUGCGCUCGAUAUGUCUGCUAUAGACAGUGAGGCUCCUUUUAUAGAUGCAGAGCAUAACGGUUCGAACGGGGAAGACAGAAAGCGACAUCAGGUCAUACAGCCGGUUGUUACUGUAAGCACUCCCAGCUUAGACUACACAGCAAUCAGUUUGGAUGAUACAUUAACAGAUGAAGCAGCUCAAAAAUUAAAUUUAUCAGCUGGUGGAAAGUUGUUACCACCUUCUGAAGAAAGCCUUUUGCGUGCUGUAGGCGACUUAGUGCAUGAUGGUAUAACGAAAUUGGUAGAUGCGAAUCUACUGCAUCCACCGCGAUCAGUUGUACAAUCAACUGUAACCUCAACUCUCGUGCAGCAAUAUGAUCAUGUGAGCGACAAUGCUGUGGAAGCACUAACUAUUAAAGAGGAUAACGCGCCUCAGGAGGGCACCUCACUACUGGACUUGAAAGUUGACUUCUUUCAGUUCAAAAAUAAUAAAAUAUGAAUUUAUGAGUAGGCGAAAAAACUUAAAAAAUAAAAUAUACUUUAUUUACAUAAUCGUAUAAUGAAAUUCUAGAAAUGUUCCUUAACUAAGAGUUGAGAAAAAAUUGUAUUUAAAAUAGUUUUCCAAAUAAAUAAUGUUUAGUUAUUUAAUGUUUUAUGCAAUAAAAUGGAAAAGGACCUACCGAUGUGAGAAAAA